GAAUUUUCUAUUUUUAAUUUGAUGUUGCGAUUACAAGAGUGGCAAUGUUGAUCAAAGAGUACAGAAUCCCGCUUCCAAUGAGCGUUGAAGAAUACAGGAUAGCUCAGCUGUAUAUGAUACAAAAAAAAAGCCGAGAAGAGUCUCAAGGAGAAGGAAGCGGUGUAGAAAUUCUAGUUAAUAAGCCAUACACCAAUGGUCCUGGAGGCAAUGGGCAAUAUACAUAUAAAGUUUAUCACAUAGGCAAUCACUUACCAGGCUGGUUUCGUGCUAUUCUUCCAAAGUCAGCACUACGCGUGGAAGAAGAAGCAUGGAACGCUUACCCUUAUACCAAGACGAGAUACACUUGUCCAUUUGUAGAGAAGUUUUCACUAGAAAUAGAAACCCGAUACUUUGCUGAUUGUGGCACCAGAGAUAAUGUAUUUGAUCUCAGUUCCACUGAAUUGAGAAACAGAUUAGUCGAUCUUAUAGAUGUUGUUAAAGAGCAAAUUCCCAGUGGUGAGUACAAACGAGAAGAAGAUCCACGUGUUUAUAAAUCGCAGAAAACAGGCCGGGGUCCCCUGACUGAAGAGUGGUUAAAAGACAAAAGUACCAAAAUUAUGUGUGCAUAUAAGCUGUGUAAAGUAGAGUUCCGCUAUUGGGGAAUGCAAAAUAAAAUAGAAAGGUUCAUUCAUGACAUUGGUAAGUCA